GGUGAGUUCUUCUUCCUUUACUCAAUCUCUUUUUUUUGUUUAGUAAAACUUGAAUCAAUGUUGCUAAAUGCCAAAACUAGUUCAUCUUUUCACUACUUAGUGUUUGGAUCUUGUGGUUUAUUUAGUAUUAUUUACCAUAUCCAUUCUUCAACUCAAUUAUUAAUGGUUUUUUAUUAUUGUCUGUAGUUCUUGUCUUUCUCUGAUUUGUAAUUGCUGGUUUCUAGGUUUAUUUAGUUUAUAAGAAACUCAUUUUUUUGUUAGGAGGUGUAUAAUGAGUGAACAAUUGGGGGUGCUAAAAGUCAUAGUUGUGCAAGGAAGAAGGUUGGUGAUUAGGGAUUUCAAGACAAGUGAUCCUUAUGUUGUUCUCAAACUAGGGAAUCAGACUGCAAAGACCAAGGUCAUUAAUAGCUGCUUGAAUCCUGUUUGGAAUGAAGAGCUGAAUUUCAUUCUGACAGAACCCUUGGGAGUUCUCAAUUUGGAAGUAUUUGAUAAAGAUCUUUUGAAAGCUGAUGACAAGAUGGGAAAUGCAUUUAUCAACCUUCAACCAUUAGUCUCUGCAGCAAGAUUAAGAGAUAUUUUAAAAGUCUCUUCUGGCGAGACAACAUUACGAAAGGUGAUACCUGAUACUGAUAACUGUCUUGUACGCGAAAGCAGUAUCAAUUGCGUUAAUGGCGCGGUUGUGCAGAAUGUUUGGUUAAGGCUUCGUGAAGUUGAAUCCGGGGAACUAGAAUUGACACUCAAGUUGACCAAACCUGUUGCAACUUCAAAAUAGUAUUGCAAGAGAGUAGAUUUCUAACUAGAUUAUAGUUGUAACAUUUUAUAUGUUGUUGUGGCUUGGUUUUGAUUAAUUGUUUUAUAAGUGUAUCUAUCUAUGAAAAAAAUGCAUAUUCUAAUGCAGUUUAGUGUUUGGUUAGAUAAGAGAUAUUUGAAGCUGCAUUUCCAAAUGAACAAGCUGUGAUUUAUGGCUUCUUUGGCCUUUUAGGGUGUGUGUUGUGCUUAUUAUACUUUUUUUCAAGAGAGAAAAAAAGCAGUAGAAAAUUGAAUGAGUAUAUUCUUAA